AUGGCUGAAGUGAAGCAGAGGAAGAAGCAGACUUUCCACACAUUCACCUACCUUGGCACGAACUUGGACCAACUGCUGGACAUGUCCUAUGCAGCUGAUGCAGUUGCACAGUUCUGCCAGAGGCGGCGCCUGAACCGUGGCCUGUGGAAGAAGCUGCACUCACUGCUCAAGCGCUUGAGAAAGGCCAAGAAGGAGGCUCCACCCAUGGAGAAGCUGGAGGUGGUGAAGAUCCACCUGAGGGACAUGAUCAUCCUGCUCGAAAUGGUGGGCAGCAUGGUGGGCGUGUACAACAGCAAGACCUUCAACCAGGUGGAGAUCAAACCAGAGAUGAUUGGCCACUAUCUGGGCGAGUUCUCCAUCACCUACAAGCCUGUGAAGCAUGGCCGCCUGGUAUUGGUGCCACCCACUCCUCCCUCUUGA